UUACUAGCUUCCAUUGACAAUGUGAGUAAAAAAAUGCCAUUUUAGCUGUUAUGGUUCAUUCUUCUGUGCCGACGAUCAGAAAGCUUCUCGUACGGAUUCUUUGGAACAUGAAUGGGUGGAUCUCGUACAGAACACGCGUUACACAGGGCAGAUGUAUUGGGGAGAGCUGCCACUGUCAUUUGCUGCUUGCACUAAUAAUCAGGACUGCUUUCGACUUCUGAGAGCCUUCCGAGCCGACCCUAACAAGACUGAUACCAACGGUAACACUGUUCUACAUCUUACCGUCAUUCAUGAUUUACCCGAGAUGUUCACCUUGGCUUACAAUAGUGGUGCAUCCUUGAGCAUAAGAAACAACCUCAAGCUGACUCCACUGGCUCUAGCCGCUCGGUUAGCCAACAAAAGGAUGUUCUCUCUGUUGCUGGAAUGCGAAAUGGACAUUGUAUGGAGGUACGGGAACAUCGUGUGUAAGGCUUAUCCUCUUGUCGAAAUCGACAGUAUACGCGAAGAAGACGGAGAUCUCAAUCCAUGCUCAGUCCUUGCCAAUGUCGUUUAUGGGGAUAAAAGUAGUCAUCUUGAUUUUUUUGAUGGAUUGCUAGAGGAACUCCUGGAACGGAAAUGGGAAGCGUUUGCAAAACGAAGUCGUUCGAGCAGUCAACGGACGUGCUACUUUCAGGAUAAGAGUAGUCAUCUUGAUUUUUUUGAUGGAUUGCUGGAGGAGCUCCUGGAACGGAAAUGGGAAGCGUUUGCAAAACGAAGGUUGUUUCAGUCACUUUUUGGUUAUUUAUGGUUUCUGCUGGUAUUUUACAUCGCCUUUGCGACACGCAACGUCACGGAAUCGUACGAGGAAGAAGGAGAUAGUCUGCCUUUGAACAUGACUGACUUCAACGACGUCAUUAUCACAGUGCAACAUUUGUCACAUUUUGAGAGUGGACGUAAUGAGCCUCUGCAGAAACAGUGCCACCUAUGGAAUUACAAUGGCGGCAAAAAACAAAUGCUUCGCUUCUGCUGUGAGAUCCUGACUCUGCUGGCAGUGCUAGUUCGAACAACCAAAGACAUCGUGGACAUGCAACAGAUUGGAAUGAAGCGUUGGUGGUUAGCCAUGAGCGCCUUUCCUGAAAAGGUUCUGCACAAGGUUUCCCAGCUCACUCUGCUACUCAUCGUUCCCAUUCGUACGGCCUGCUUUCUGCAUCCAGUGAUGCUUCUACUUGAAAAUGUUAUGACAAUUACCGUCGUUCUGAUGACCACAAUGCAUUUCCUUUUCUAUUGCCGGGGCAUGAAAUUCGUCGGUCCUUUCGUGUUAAUGGUCUACAAGAUUAUUGUUCGCGAUAUGCUGCGUUUUCUUCUCAUCUAUUCAGUAUUCGUACUAGGAUUUGCACAAGAUUCCGUAAACAACAUUAUUUCAGCGUUCUAUGUGAUAUUCCAUUCUUGCGAAAUGGCUGAAAAGAACUAUCAAGAAGAACAUGGCUUGCAUCCAGACGACGAUUACAGAGGAAAAUUUGAAAAUAUAAUGAACUCGCCACGUGAAGCUUUGAUGAGGAUGAUCAUUAUGAGUGUUGGCGAAUUUGGCGCAUUCUACAAGAAUCUCAAUGACUGCAAAAGCCGUGUGGCCCUUCAGGGCAAGUGGGCGCAGGUGAUUCUCAUGUUGGAGCAAUCAUUGACAAAUGCCGAGCGUACAAUGGCUAUAUACAGUUACUCACGACCGCUUCGCAGUGACAAAUCUCGUCGAGCAUUUGUUGUACGACUCAAAUCUGACGUUAGUGCACCUUUCCAAAGGUUCAAAUCUAUACGAAACCGACUCACCUCAUGGCUAUACUUUUGA